CAGCAAGCGGCCUCGAGCGCCCCGGCGGGAGAUUUUUCUAUGUGAGUGGAGAAGACAGUUGCUGCAAGUAGAAGUCACACAAUAUUUUUUUAGGAUGUCUGAAGAUGAAGAAAAAGUGAAAUUACGCCGUCUUGAACCAGCUAUCCAGAAAUUCAUUAAGAUAGUAAUCCCAACAGACCUGGAGAGGCUAAGAAAGCACCAGAUAAAUAUUGAGAAGUACCAAAGAUGCAGAAUCUGGGAUAAGUUGCAUGAAGAACAUAUCAAUGCAGGACGUACAGUUCAGCAACUCCGUUCCAAUAUCCGAGAAAUGGAGAAACUUUGUUUGAAGGUCCGAAAGGGUGACCUAGUACUUCUGAAAAGAAUGAUAGAUCCUGUUAAAGAAGAAGCAUCAGCAGCAACAGCAGAAUUUCUUCAACUCCAUCUGGAAUCUGUAGAAGAGCUUAAGAAACAAUUUAAUGAUGAAGAAACUUUAUUACAGCCUUCUUUGACCAGAUCCAUGACUGUUGGUGGAACAUUUCACACUGCUGAGGCUGAAGCCGAUCCUCAGAACAUGACUCAGGUAUAUGCGUUGCCUGAAAUUCCUCGAGAUCAAAAUGCUGCAGAAUCAUGGGAAACCUUAGAAGCGGACUUAAUUGAACUUAGCCAACUGGUCACUGAUUUCUCUCUCCUAGUGAAUUCUCAGCAGGAGAAGAUUGACAGCAUUGAAGACCAUGUCAACAGAGCUGCUGUGAAUGUUGAAGAGGGAACCAAAAACUUGGGGAAGGCUGCAAAAUACAAGCUGGCAGCUCUGCCUGUGGCAGGUGCACUCAUCGGAGGAGUGGUGGGGGGUCCGAUUGGCCUCCUUGCAGGCUUCAAAGUGGCAGGAAUUGCAGCUGCACUUGGUGGUGGGGUGUUGGGCUUCACAGGUGGAAAAUUGAUACAAAGAAAGAAGCAGAAAAUGAUGGAGAAGCUCACUUCCAGCUGUCCAGAUCUUCCCAGCCAAACUGACAAAAAAUGCAGUUAAAAACCAAACUUCAGUAUUAUUGGCACCAAUAUGUCUAUCCUAACGAGGACCUUUGCUACUGUUGGACACUCAGCUUUUGGAACAUGAUUAUAUCAAGAUAGUGGCUGUAGAUGCUCAAAUGGGAUUGAACUGUGAUAAGUAGAUAUAUCUUUUUGUUUGCUGGAGUGUUAGUGGAGAUGUUAGAGAUUGAGGAGCCUGGGCUGAGGGUGUGUAAUGUUGUCAGGUAAAGUUUAAAGACUGCCAAGGAGCAGAUUUUUUUGCCUGGAAAUGUGAAAAAUGAAUUUAUAACUUUGAUAAGGACUGGAGAUGUAUGGACAUGAUGGAUUAUGGAAGACUAGUCUAUUCCAUAACCCUGACUUGGAGACCCUAAGGCUAAGUGUAUUCUAAAUAUGCUUAUUUAUCUCCUAAAUAUAGGAGGUUAUUUAGGCCUGUUAACAAAGAAAAGAAUGGGGAGUUCAGGAGCCUUUCUUAUCAAAUAAGGAAAUCAGGAUCUAGUAAGGGGUGCAGGUGAACUACACAUAAUGGAGUCCAUUUGGUGAACCCUAUUACAGUUUGGUCCAUCUGUAUUUUCUGGUGAACGACACUAAUUGCGUAAGAAAAUGGAAAGAGAGGUGCAACUUCUCUUUGAGAUACCUUAAUUUGUGACACUGGCUUCUUCUCUGAACUCUUUCUUCUGUCUCUUUAAAUAAAGAACACAGAAUCUCAAGUGAUAGGGGACUAUUAAGCCAGUCACUAAGCUUGGUCUGUCAGCCUGUCUCUUAACACCUCAGAUCUAGUGCCCUCUGCCUUCCCUGCCUUGUAAUUCUGCAAAGUUCUUUGACUUGUGGGGUGAAUUCUACCCAUGUGUAAUGAGGACUUUUCUCAUAAUCUGUUUUCUUGUAUUGUCUCCCAUCGCUGUUCAUCCUUUCCUGUAACCUCUAGGUUAAAGAGAGAAAGGAAGAGAAAGCUCCAAAUAUUUCCAACAUUGUUAAAGUGUGAGGUAAAAAAUAAAAGACAGGGGGACACCAGAUCAUUUCUUGGGGCAUCUUAAAAUUUCAAGAGACUGAUGUAUGGGCCACACAGGGAAUCUCUGACCCUAAGUCUUUUCAGCUGGCCUUUUGGGGAGCUAAGAACUAGCUUUCUACCUCACUUCUGUUACUACCAUCCUUUCCCCGGGCUUUGCUGUCUCUGUGCUUUGCUUUACUUUUCACAGCUGUUACUUCUUCCUAAGAAACAUUCUUGCUCGUCUUUUCUCACAUUGAAGAUGAUACAUAAAGCCUGGUGCCAAGACUGAUCCUGAUGAAGGAUUUGUGGUGCUAACCCCAACACUUGACAUUGAUAGCAAGCAUGGCCCAGCCCAAUCCAGUGUCUAUCUCAAAUAGCCAAAACAGGUAGCCUCAUCCUGUACCCCCAGUUCAUCUGAAAUAGGAAGGAGCCACCUUUUGCCUUAAUCUUUACCGUUUUCUGAGAGCAGAGAAAUAGGCACCUUUACCACAAAAUGUGUGAGCUCAGGAGCCAAACAGAUUCCUCACGUCGUUGAAUGGUUUAUCACUUCUCUCUCAUUGAGUUUACUCUUAAUUUUUAUUGUUUGCUUGCUACCUUUUACUUCUUUGUCUAAUAUAGAUAGACCUUUCUCUCACACUUUUUUGGCUCUCACCAAUGAAGUCUAAUGAAGAGAAAGCACCAUUUCUUACUGGCAUUAAAUAACUGGAAAAUAUCAAGUAUUGCUAUCUGCUGACUUGUAUCUUCAGUGUGAUGCCAAAAAGGAAGUGCUUUGAAUAAGUGUCAGAUUCUGAUGCAGUGUUUGAUAUUGGUUACCUGUAAGGUUAGGAUAAUUAUUUUGGAACUCCACCGUUUUAAAUAAUUUCUGAUCUUUGCUGUCCUUUAACACGGGGUAUUCAAACUAGAACGAGGACUCAUCCAGGGUGCUUAUUUAAAACAAGAUUGCUAAACUUCAGUCCCCUAGGUAACUCUGACAGUGGGCAGCCAAUCUGGCCUGGUCAGCUAAAAUUAUAAAUUUAAGGUAUAGUUACAUCAAGAUUCAGCUGUAUCAUUGAAUUCUGUAAUUUCCAAGUAUUCUCACCUUCAACGUGGCCCAGUCUUCAUUGCUCCAUAUCAUUCCCACUCUGCCAACCCACAGUUGGCUACACUUUUUAGCCCACCAUCUUUUUUUUUUAAAAGGUUGAUUUAUUUAUUUUAGAAAGAGAAAGACAGCAUGAGCGAGAGGGGCAGAGGGAGUCUUAAGCAGACUCCACAUUGAGCGUGGAGCCUGAUGUGGGGGCUCAGUCUCACAACCCUGAGUCGUGAGACCAAGAGUUGGACGCUUAACCGACUGUGCCACCCGGGUGCCCCUUACCCUUAGCCCACCAUCAUAAUGGUACUAGGGACUCAUUACCCUGUCAGGCUAGUUUUACACAGAAACUGGAGGAGAGAGGAGGCCUAUUGUAAUUGAAGCUUACAUUUUGUUUGAGGAUCUUGCAUUUUUCAUCACCCAGUUUGGGAUACCACUGUAUGUGCCCAUAUAGGAGUUUGAUUUUUACUACUCAUCAGGAUUGGAAUAUUACUGCAGCAGUCUUCAUGCUCAGGCAAAUUGCAGUCCUUUUAAAAAGUUUUAAUUUAAAAUCACUUAGAAAUUGUAUCUAAUUUCCCGAUAAUAGAAUCUAAUAGCUAACUUUUUAUAGAAAUUUCUAGAAGUGUUUAAUCAACUAUAAAUUAUAUACCUAUAAACUGUAAAGUGUUUAGAGAUAUGAAUUAGUUAAUAUGACAGAGAAACCAAUCUUAAACUGAAUUUAAUGCCCUAGGGUAUCAGAUUAAAUUUAUCUUCUCUGUGAUUCAUGUCUUAUUUUUACUAGAUUGAAGUUAGAAGAUAAGGGUCACUUUAAGUUCUUAAAAUUUACAGAGGUACAAACUUCCAGUUAUAAAAUUAAAUCACAGGGGUGAGAAGUUCAGAAUAGAGGGGGGAAAGGUAGAGGUUCAUUUGAAUAAAGUCAGUGCUUCUAAAGACCUCUUUUGUUUUUCUAAACUCUUUCUGAUACAGUAAUCUGAGAAUUUCUCUGUAGAGCAGAGACUUUGAAACUUUGUGGUUGUAACCCACAGUAAAAAAUGCAUUUAUAUCAAAACUCAGAAUAUGUAUAAUGGCGAAUACCAUUAUGUGUAGUGUACUCUGAUGUUUUUUAUUUCAGUUUUUAAAAUACUGCCGGUUGCAACCUACCAUAUUGAUUUCAUAAUCUACCAAUGGGUUGUGACCCUUAGUUUGAAAAGAAGAAAACACCGUAUGGAGGAACUGGUAUCUAUUGAAUAUCUUCUGUUUUCCAGGCACUUCACUAGGCAUUUUACAGGUAAGGAAACUGAGUCUCAGAGAAGUUAAGUGACUUGCAGAGGGUUAUUCAGCUGUAAAAGGUUGAAACCAGAGGGAUGUUAACUAGGUCUCUUGAACUACAAAAAUUUGUUACUCUCAUACCAUGCUGCUUCUGUAUAUAAAAUUAAGGUAGGCCAUCCAUCCUGUUUCACCGAAAUACUGAUAUAUUCCAUAAGGCAGGCUUGCUGUGAAAUUACAUGUGCUAUUCGUUUGCAGUUUUUUUGUUGUUUUUUUUUUUAAUCUUUUGUCAUGAAGUGUCCUGCAGCCUCAAAGUUUUUAAUAGUGACUGAUGUAGAAGUACCUAAUUUGGUACUUUGCUGAAUUUGGUCCUUAGACUGUAAAAUUAAAAAUGUUUCCAUCCCACCUACACAUCCCUACAAAUUUCCUCGUAUUCUAUGGGUUAUAGCCAUCUCUUCAGCAGUCCUUUUUUGUAUUAAAAAUGAAACCUGUUUUUUUAAUCUGUCAUAACUCAUAGAAUCAAAUGAUUACUGUCUUUUAAAAUCAUACUCUUGGGAAGCCACGUACUUACUGUAGGGACUUUAGUAUUACUUAGAACAUUUUUGAAACUUUUCUUUUGGAAUUGCCUCCAAAGACAUUUUGCAAACCACAUAGAAGAGGCAUCUCAGUGUUUAUUAGUCACGGAUUAUACUCCCUUGUCCUUAUGACCUCUCCUCUCAUCCAUUCUCAGUUUUGCUUUUCUUCUGUUGGCUUAGUUCUCCUACCCACCUACGCUGGAGCCAAUAACCUAAGGGUGCCCAGACAGGGGGUAUGCUGGCCGGAGUUCCUGGAGCAAGAACUUCUAGUUUAUAGUGAAGCCGAAUGCUGUAAAGGGAGGAUCUUACAAGUCCAAAAACCUUUCUCUGUGGGCUGCCUGUAAGUGUUGUAAGUAGUUUGCACAGGACUAAGGACUGAAUACUGGUAAUAUCAAUCACAGGAAGGUGAGGAAGCCUAAAAUGUAAGUAUGUAAUGUACAGCAUUUCUCUGCAGUGAAGAACAGAAACCAAACCAAGCCAUGCUUUGUGUUAACUUAAAACUGAAGGGUGUUUCUCAGGGUCUCCUUUGCCCUUUAUUGCUGCCACAUAAAAGCUGGGAGAAAGGAUGAUGAAAAGCCUGGGGAAAAGCUCUCCUGUGAAAUGGACAUGUUGUUCUUUCGUGUUAAAGUACAAUGUGGCUUUGGCUCUCGGGUACUUAUGAAUGUUAGACCAUGUUCCUAAGGAGUCAUAGGACUAAUAAAAGGCAGGAAAGCUUCCCUGGGAGCCUAAAUUAAUGUAAACAGUUCAGGUUCUGUUUGUGUUUUUAACAACAUUUUGUUUCUAACAGGUGGUUCUUGCUAUUUAUAUUCAUUAAUUUGACACAGUUUUACAGAGGAACUUCUUGGGUAUUAUAAACAGUCAAUGGCAAAAGAUGAAUAUUAUUAUCCAUGUCACCACUCUCAAAGAAAUUUGUUUUUGGAGAUAAGAAAUAUAUUUGUGCAAAUUUAACAAAAGAAAUAAAUUGAAUAAAAAUUAUUUGCCCAAGAUCAAAGCUAGUUGGCACAACAGCUAGAAUUAUACCAAGGUCUAAGAAAAAAAAAAUACCCUCGAAGUAAUUUAACUAAGGUUUUGUUAUGCCAUAUCAAGUUGCAUGCUGAGGCUUAUGGUCUUUCAGACCAGCUUAAAUUCCAGGUGAGGCAAUAGCUAUAGUGAAAAGAAAAUUGGGGGAUCAGGAGAUCAGAGUGCUAAUUUUGGCUCUGUCUCACACCUCUCUCCCAUGGUAAGCUUUUUCUCAGUGGUGGCUGCCUUCUCCUAUUCCAGCCAGGGACUUGCCAACCAUAAACCUCAGUGGUUAGCAACUUGACACUCUUUAUUCUUCAUAUCUAGCCUCUUAUUGGGUCCUGUCAAUUCUACUUUGAAUGUUAGUUCCAUCUAUUUAUAAAUAUAUGCAUGGUCAUCACUCUAGUAAAACACUCUUACCUCACACCCCUCACCCCAUUUCCCCCAACUUUAAGCCAUUCCUCACAUCAGUGCCGCAAGAACGAGAACUAGGUCCCUCUUCCAUUAUUCUGCUGAAAUAUUUCCGGUGGCUCCCACUGAAUACUCGAUAAAGUUCAAAUCCCUUAGGUUGGCAUUCACAGCUUUCCAUAUUCUGGCCCCAGCUUUCUGUCUUCAAACUCAACUACUCGCCAUCUGAAAAUGCCACUGAGAAUCAGACAUUCCAUAAAAAUGAUUUUAAGGUUUUUCUGUGGUGAAGUUAGGAACUGGUAAUAAACUGUUUACAUUUGUCUAGAUGAAAAUUCUGCAAUACUACAUUUUACAUAACUAGUCAGCCUAAAAGUUGUUUCUUAAGGAAAAUCUUUUGUCCCCCUAGAAGAAAUUACAUUUAAUUUCUUAACCUCUGAAACAAUGUCAGUCUUGUCACCUGUGCUUCUGAUAGCCAGAGCAUGGGGAUUUUUCUUCAGCAGCAUAGAUACUCCAGCCUUGAAUGGACUAUUGUCUAGCUCCUGUGAGAAAUUUGACUAAUAAAUAUUUGAGAAAAACAACUCAAGAGUACAUGUUAUUCAUACAUUUCUCAAGUACUUGAGAUUUUCUUGGAAUUAUGGUUAAUCAUUAAAAAGAUGUUUACCUGGGUUUCAUUAAUUAAACCCCCUAUUAAACCCUUGAUGUUAGCAAGGGUCAGCACAAGAAAAGACCAGUGGUGAGAAUUCUACAAAUUCUGUAAAGCUUACUGAAUUCAUUAUGUUGUUGAGUGGUGCUUGUAUAAGGAAACAUGCAAUAAAUUCAUUCAGCAAACCUUGAAUUGAAUGCCUGUUGUGUGUUGCAUGCCAGGGCCAUACAUAGAAAAAUAUUAGACCUAUAGAAUCUACCCUUGUAAAUCAUUCAAGCUAAUGAAUUCAGGUACGUAAAGCAGGUAAAUCACAGUAACAUGUGGUAAGUAUCUUAAAAGAGGAAUAAACAGGAUGAAGGGGCACAGAAGAGAUGGAGUGAUUUGCUGCCUGGAAGAGAAGGGGAAGGCUCUUAACAGUGUGUUAAGAGGUAGGCAUGGGAUAGGAUCUUGACCACGGUCUCCAAUACCCAAGUUCAUGUACCUUUCCCAGUACCUGAAAGAAGGUUAUGGCCGACUGAAGACAAGAGUUGUGGACUUUGAGGUGGCAGAGGAAUUCCAUGUACAAAGCGUUGAAAACAUGAAAGAGCAGUGUGCUCAGAGAAAACCAAGGAAUUAAACUUGUGAGUGAUGAGGCUGGUAGGAUGGAAAUAUAGACUAGGGUGGUUAUACGUGUUUUUAACUUAAUUCUUUGUUUAAAGGAGUCGAUGUGUUGCUUUCUAUCAGAUAAGACUGUUAGAACCCUUGGAGUUCUUCGUUUUGCCUCACCUUUGCCAGAGUUCUCGGUAUAUUUGGCAUAUUUGCUUUCCUUUCCCACAUGCAAGAAGUGAUGUGUGCUUUCUUGUCUCUCCAUUGUGAGAUCCCCUGCUUCAUAUUGAAUGCCUGCUUUCUUCCUGUCCUGCUAGUCAUUCCAUAAAUAUUUAUUGAAAACCCACUGAGAAAAUAGUCAUGAAACUUAACCUGUUAGUGUCCAAGAGUUUUAUGGUCCAGUUUUACAUUUCUACAGUAUUUAACGACUGCAAUUCAUUGGCUUCAUUCACUUGUGGCGAAUUCUGCAAUGUUUUUUAAUUUCAUAGCUAUAAACUUUGAUUUGUGGUGGUAUGAUCUCGCCAACUAGAUUGUAAGCUGCUUUCAGGGCAGGGACUAUAUCAUCUUCUUGGAAUAUUUUAUGGCAUGAAAUAUAGUGAUGAGAAGGGGAAAAGAAAUACCCCCCAAGAGUGACUUCCACAUAAUGAAUGAUGUCCUAGCAUGUGUGUGGUGCCAUCUUUCGGGGAUAUGCAUGGAAAUGUGAAAAAUCUCCUAAGGCAUUUCAAAACUUUGUUCAGUACUCACUUUUGUCUAUUAACCUAGGACUGAGUGAUGCAACAGAAGAAAUCUGAAAAACACCUCCAGGACUUAGGAGCCACGAAUUGAAAAAUGAAGAAUUUGGAGAAUUACUGAUCUUACAGUGCUCUAGAUUGCUGUGAAUACAAAGGUAGAGGAGUUCCUGCAUCUACGGCAUUCACAUGCUGAGGAGCCUGAGGCCCAAAGUAGACUGGAUAAAUGAGAAGACUUCCACCUAUGACAUUCUCCCAUGCAUGGUUCGGAGGGGAAGAAGUCUAAUUGUGAGUUCUAGAUUCCUGGAUGUUCUCCGUAGUCCAACUGGUGACAAAUCCCUGUGGAACCUACAUCUUUUGUCAUCUGAUGUAUCUGUUCCUCUCCAUCUCUUAGUUCUGGCCAUUCUCUCUCCUGUGCUGGACCCAUUUCAUCAUAUCUAGACCUGCUGCCACAAUAUCCUGUCUCAAACUUAAAUAUGAACAUACUUCCUGGCUUGAAAAUCUGUGAGUGGAUCUCUACUGCCUGUAAGGUACAGAACAAACCUCUUAAGCUUGGCAUUCAAGGCCUUGUACAAUCAGCUCCCAUUCUUUCUCUAACUUCCUUUCUCAUUUUCUUAGCCACAGGCCGCCCCCUCCCCCUCCCCCUCCCCCCCACCCAUGCACUAGCCCUAUGGCAAAAACUUAAUUUCUCUAAUGUAUUUUGGUGUUUUGCACUUGAGUUUUUUUCUUCUUUUCCUUUUAUAAAAUUGGGCACCCAGUCCUGAUGAGUGCUCAAGCCCUUGAGGGGUACAAAAAUUACCUGACAUCACUUUGCAUCUCACUCAUUCAAUAAACAUUUAAGUCCCAAUAUGCAUAAAAGCUAAAUCAUGCAGCAUCAAAUCUAUUUUAACAGCCACUCCAUUACCUUCGAUCACACUGAACAUGUGUUCCUUGAGGCCUUUUUCAUAAUAACCACUCCCAAGUCAGCUCUCUGCAAUCCAAUAUUUGAGUGUUAUCUUUUGUUUAUAAUAUUUUUAAAGCCAAUUACAGGAUUAUAAAUUUAUUUCUGUUAAUUGUGUAUGCUGCUCUUUGGUGUUGUGCGCUGCCCUGUUCAUGAAUUUUCAUUCUAACUGCCUCAGAUUUGGUCCAUCCUCUGACCUGAAGACUACAACUUCGAUUUCAGAGUUACUGAUUAAAAGCAAUGAACUGAACAGAACUAAGACCCAACCUUGAGGAAUUUCUGUCCUGCCUAAAAGUCUGGUAAGAUAUCCUAAACAUGCCCCUUAUCACCUUAACAACAUUUAUUAUUCUGAAUGAAAUGGAUAAGUCAUGCAUAACUAAGAAUUCUAGGCUGAUUUUUUUUAAAUAACAAUCAUUAAAUAUGCAUUAUAAAUAUUCACUUUUAUUUUAAAAGAAUUGGAAGAUGUUACAUAUAUUACACACUACAUAUAAUGGCACAUGUCAGCCUUUUAAGCUUAAAAAUAAUCUUUCCCCAAACUGGGAUUGACUUAGACUCCAAGUAUAAAAUGACUCUUGGCCUAUAGCACCAACCCAGGCCCAGAGGAAAGCCAAUUUCGAACCUGUCUGUCCUCUGGCAUUGGGCUUCCUGAUAUGACACUGAGGGUCCUCUCCCUCUGGUUUUGUUCCCUGGCAGUAUUGAGGCCUGGCACAGGGACCCAUUUGACUAUACACUGCAGGCCUAGGAAAUCAGGGAAUCUAGAGGGGAUGGCAGGGUCCUCUAACAAUUUUACAAUGGAAAAAAAUUAAAAACAUUAUGUGCCUUGUCUUUGUUUUUGAUCUAUACCACUAUAACAAGACUCUACAAGAUAGAAGAUAAGAAUUAUUGAAAUACAAUUUCUCUGCUGGUUUUUGUCUUUGGAAAUUAACGUGUCAUGAUAGGAGGAGACUUAAAAGUCAUCUGGUUCAAUACUGGUAACCUGCUCUACUAGUAUCUCAGAUUUAGGUAUAAUUCAAAGUUUUAAAUGCCAUCCAUAUGCCAUUUUGUUAGACAAAAACAAAGAAAUUUAAUAACACUUUUCAUUUUCUUUUUCUUAAUUCAUAAGGACAAUUUCUGCCAAAUGUUCUGGCUUAUGGCUCUCCUCCUCUUCAUAGUAUGUUUAAGUUACAUAUUAAGAAUCCAAAAAAUACCACUAUGGAAUUUUCAUAAGCAAUAUCCGACCAAUCAGUAAAACACAGUACACAGUGUGAAAAUUUUAAUUUAUUCCCCUCCCAAGUAUCCAGAAUAUAUACCCUCUUAGCUUUGAGAAAUGUGACAAUGAAAAUACCAACAGAAUUGAUCGUAUAUAAAGAAAAGCACAUACUACACAGGAGACAUCCCUAAGUCCUCCCUAACCUAGCAGUGCAAGUUAAUGGUAUGUUUCUGGUACUGUCACCUUUCACUUGAUUUAUAAAAAUUUUACAGGACAGAUGUAAAGAUAGGCCUCUGAUUUUUAUUUUUAUUUUUUUUAUCCCUAACAGAUUUUUAAAAAGAGGCUAUAUUAAAUGACAAUGCAUUUUGAGUCAGGGGGAGAAAAAAAAAUUAAAAACCCAAAACUUCUUUCAGUUUAUUCAAA